CCCUUCCAGAUGGCAGGUCGCCGGUGGGCCGCGACGCCAGCCCUCUGCAUGUGCGUGGCAGCCAUCUCUCUCCUGCACGCCGUUGGGGUGCGGGCAGACUGCUGGCUCAUUGAAGGGGACAAGGGCUUCGUCUGGUUGGCCAUCUGCAGCCAAAACCAGCCCCCCUACGAGUCCAUCCCCCAGCAAAUCAACAGCACCAUCGUGGACUUGCGGCUGAACGACAACAAGAUCAAGAGCGUGCAGUAUGCCUCGCUCAGCCGCUUCGGCAACCUGACAUACCUCAACUUGACGAAGAACGAGAUCUCCUACAUCGAGGACGGUGCCUUUUCAGGACAGUUCAACCUCCAGGUGCUGCAGCUGGGUUACAACCGACUGAGGAACCUCACUGAGGGCAUCCUCCGGGGCCUGGGGAAGCUGGAGUACCUUUAUCUCCAGGCCAACCUCAUCGAGUCUGUCACCCCCAAUGCCUUCUGGGAGUGCCCCAACAUAGUGAACAUUGACCUGUCCAUGAACAGGAUCCAGAGACUCGAUAGCAACACUUUUCGGGGCCUAAACAAGCUCUCUGUCUGUGAACUCUACAGUAACCCCUUCUACUGCUCCUGCGAGCUCCUCGGCUUCCUGCAAUGGCUGGAGGCUUUCACCAACAUGACACGCACGUAUGACCGGAUGCAGUGCGACUCCCCGCCCGACUACACGGGCUACUACUUGUUGGGCCAAGGCCGGACUGGCUAUCGCAAUGCUCUGAGCAUGCUCUCUUCCCUUUGCACCGGUGGCUCCUACACUGUGAUUCCUCGUUUUAUCCCUCCCAGGUACCAGGUGACCACAGCACCCUCUGAAAGCCCCUGCUCUGAGGAGGAGUGCUCCUCUGGCGAUGGCACGACACCGCAGUUCUCCCUGUUCACACCCAUCGGCGAGACGGAGGUGCGCCCCAACAUCCAGGUGAAGCACCUCAACCACAACUCAGCCGUCCUCACCGUGCAGAUCCCCUACCCCUUCAGCAAGAUGUACAUCCUCUCCCAGUUCGAAAAUGGCUUCUCCUCUAUGAUCACCAAGCUCAGGAAGAAGGAGGAGAACAUCACCGUGAGCAACCUAGUAGCACAAAGAGAUUACACCUACUGUGUUGUCUCUGUCCACCAAUACUCCAAGUACAACCACACCUGUGUCACCAUCACACCCACCAGACCCAACCGCAAGGAGCCAGUGCCCACCCCUUCCACUGCCACUCAUUAUAUCAUGACAAUCUUGGGCUGUCUCUUUGGCAUGGUGAUUGUCCUGGGCGUUGUGUAUUACUGUCUCCGGAAGAGGCGCCAGCAGGAGGAGAAGCACAAAAAGGCUGCUGGCAGCAUGAAGAAGACCAUCAUUGAGCUGAAAUAUGGACCAGAAAUGGAGACCACCAGCAUCACCCAGCUGUCUCAGGGACAGAUACUGGGUGGGGAGACGGUGACCCGCAUCCCCUACCUGCCUUCUGCUGGUGAGGUUGAGCAGUACAAGCUGAUUGACAGCAGUGAGACCCCCAAGGCAACCAAGGGCAACUAUAUGGAGGUGAGGACGGGUGAGCAGCCGGAGAGGCGAGACUGUGAGCUGUCCCUGCCGCCAGACACCCAGAGCUCCGUGGCCGAGAUCUCCACCAUUGCCAAGGAGGUGGACAAAGUGAACCAGAUCAUCAACAACUGCAUCGAUGCCUUGAAAUCUGAGUCCACCUCCUUCCAAGGCGUGAAAUCGGGGGCAGUCUCCACGGUGGAGCCUCAGCUGGUGCUCUUAUCAGAGCAGAUCCCCAGCAAGCACGGAUUCCUCUCCCCCGUCUACAAGGAAAGCUACAGCCACCCUCUCCAGCGGCACCACAGCAUGGAGGCAGCCCCUAAACGCUCCAGCACCUCUUCCAGUGGCUCUAUACGGAGCCCCAGGUCCUACCGCUCUGAGGGAUCGGGCCACAAAUCAGAAGCCAAAUACAUCGAGAAGACGUCCCCCACCACCGACACCAUCCUCACUGUGACACCGGCUGCGGCCAUCCUGCGGGCAGAGGCGGAGAAGAUCCGUCAGUACAGUGAACACCGUCACUCGUACCCCGGCUCGCACCAAGGGGAGCAGCACGACAGCAUGGCGGGGCGAAAGCCUUCCAUCCUGGAACCUCUGACCCGUCCUCGCCCCAGAGACCUGGCCUAUUCCCAGCUCUCGCCUCAAUAUCACAACCUGAGCUACACCUCCAGCCCAGAGUACACCUGCAAACCAUCGCACAGCAUCUGGGAGCGCUUCAAACUCAACCGCAAGCGGCACAAAGACGAGGAGGAGUAUAUGGCAGCCGGCCACGCCCUACGCAAAAAGGUCCAGUUUGCCAAAGACGAGGAUCUUCAUGACAUCUUAGACUACUGGAAGGGCGUCUCUGCCCAGCAGAAGUCCUGAGUCCUCACAUACAACUCGUGACUUAACACACUAACUGGACCAAAAGAAAUCCGCAGCAGCUAUUUUUAUUCAGACUAUCUUUGAAACAAAAUAAAAUUAAAAAAAAAAAAAAAAAUCAAUAAAAAUAAAAGAGAGAACGAAUUAUGAAAAAUCUAUAAAUAUUCUAUAUAAUAUAUAAAGUGAGAUAUUAAAAUGUCCUCACAUUGGUGAGACACGCACCAAAUUUGAACACAAACUUUACAAAACAAACAAACUGUGGAGUGAAAAAAAAAAAAAAAAAAAGUUUUGUUUCAUUUUGAUUUUUUUAAAAAAAAAUAAGAAAAAAAGAAAAAAUUGAAUAUAAAAAGAAAGUGAAAGAGCGGGCAGAGAGCUGAGGUCUGGCGUUUCCCAAUAUUGCAUUGCAUGAGUCCCUAUUCCGUGAUUUUGUGGAUUCUUUGUGAACAGUUUGUGUUCUUCCUUCCUUCCCUUCCAAAAUCAACAGCAACAAAAACAGCAACAAAAAAAAAAAACCAAAAAGAGACCAGAAGGAGAUCCAUCCUUUGGGCUGUUUUUGCAAACGGAGUCUUCCAGUUUAGACUUUUACCCGGUUGAAGGCCCGUUCACAUUUUCACUCACUGGGAGGUUUUACCACACAUUGCAUUGUAAACCGAAGUCGUUAAUUGUACAGAGAAAAUUUCUAUAUUUGCAAUGUUUGCUGUAUAAUGAGAAAGAGAGAGGAGAAAAAAAAAUAAUACUACAUCUACUAAAAAAAAAAAAAUAUAUAUAUAUAUAUAUCUCUAUUCA